CACGGUGUUAAUUUCACCGUACCCCUUGCUUCAUGGCUCUACAGAUAUCAGAGUCAUUACGUAUGAAGCUUUGACAAGUCGACUUUAUUGAUACAAGUACAUCAAAGGUGUAUAGAGGGAUAUCUUGUUAUUUCAAUGAUUGGUACAGAUUGGAAUGAUGAGAAAACAGUCUUUAGCCGACGUGAUAAAUGAACAUCCAAUAUCAAUUCAAGCACCGGAUGGCGGAUGGGGAUGGAUGGUUGUUUUUUCCUCUUUUAUAUUCAACAUGUUACUUGACGGAGUCAUUUUCACGUACGGAAUUUUCUUCCCUGAGUUUCUAAGAUAUUUUGGAGAAAGCAAGGGAAAGACGCAACUUUUACAUUCGGUACUUGUUGGAACCUGUCUUGUCUCUGGUCCUGUUGUCAGUGUCCUGGUAAACAAGUUUGGCAGUAGGAACAUGGCCGCUACUGGAACAGUGAUUGCCAGUGUCGGACUUUUCCUUUCCUCGUUUUCCCCAAACCUGGACGUGAUGUUUAUCUUUUACAGCAUUGCCGGGGGUAUUGGCUUUGGUAUGUUCUACUUACCUUCGAUUGUAAUUGUUGGUAUAUAUUUCGACAAACGACGAGCUUUGGCUACGGGAAUAGCUGUUUGUGGAGCCGGGGUCGGCGCCUUUGUAUUUGCACCAUUCACGAAACUUCUUUUGGAAACAUACGACUGGCGGGGAACAAUGUGGAUCAUGUCCGCCAUAAUGCUUAACGGUGUUGUUUUUUCCUCUACAUUUAGGCCACUAGGAAGAGAUAUGAACAGGAACGUUAAACAAAUAAAUGAUGCGUAUGAUAAGUGUGAUACCGGAACCGAUAAGUAUCCCGGCGGAUGCUAUAAACAGUUAUGUUUACCAAUGAAAGACAUGUUUGACUUUUCACUCCUUAAGAGCCCCACCAUGUUGUUGUAUGGAGCUUCCUGUCUCCUCGUCAUGUUUGGAUUUUUCAUCCCGUCGAAUUUCCUUCCUGUUUGGGCUAGUGAUGUCAACCUGUCGACGGAGGAAGGAGCAUUUCUAAUUUUAGCCAUGGGCGUAUCAAACACGAUUACACGUGUUGUGAUUGGCUACAUUACGGACAAACCAUGGGCUAACUGUUUGGUUAUAAACAAUACUGCUCUACUGAUUGGCGGCCUGGCUACGUGUUUUGUACCAUUCUACACCACAUUUGAGACUCUUGUCAUCUAUGCUGUUGCCUUUGGCAUAGUUAUGGCGGUUUUCAUCCUCCUCAGAAGUAUCCUGAUGGCAGAAUUAUUGGGUGUACACAGACUCAACAAUUCGUUUGGAUUAGUCGGGCUGAGCAUGGGCCUGUCGACAUUUGUUGGGUCGCCUUUAGCAGGAGCGUUGUCUGACAUCAGUGGCAACUACAAUGUGGCAUUCUACUUCGGUGGCAUCACUAUUGUACUAGGAGGCUUAAUUUGUCUGCCACUCAGACGGAUUUCAAACUGGGAACAAAGUCGGAUAAAGGAUUUCAACUUACAUCAUACUUUUAACUCUGAUCAGAAAAACAAAAGGCCAGAUGUAAAAAUAAUGUCCGCCAAGAAGACGUUAUCCGUAUUUACAGUAUCAGAUUCGACAAGAGAUAGAAACUGAACUUUUUUUCUUGCUCUUUUCCUCUUAGUAACUUAAGUGAUGCGGUAUGCAUAACAUAUACGAAGUGAAAACAAAUAAUAUUGCAAUGUCAGGAUGGUGUUAUCAUAACGAUUAAUGGAGAAAUGACACAGUUCUUGUCAUCUUGGUUUUUUUUCCUUUAAGUUCCAUAUACAUUUCCGUAUGUCCAACAUUUUCCCAGUAAUUCUUACUACUCACUCACCUUGACAAUUCACCGGAAACAAUCAAAAUUGUAAAUAAAAUUUACA